GAAGAAGAUGACGGCUGGAAAAUGUCACCAAGUGUUUUCCUUCCCACGAUGGAGGAAGGAAAUAACGUGUACAAAGACCUGUGGAAGAAUAAGGAUGAGUCAUGGAAUUUCCCCCAGGACUAUGACCCGGAACUGAUCAAACAGGAGAAACGGAAGGAACUGGAGUCGGAGAUCAGAGUGCAGGUGGAUGAGCUAAUGAGACAGGAACUAAAAAACUUGAAACUGGCUGUGGACAGAGAAAAGGAGCAUCCGGUCAAAGCAGCAAAGAAGAAAGGAGAUAAAAAGAAAAAGAAAGGGAAGAAAGGCAAAAAAGGGAAAAGAGGGAAGAAGGACAAAGAUCUGACAGCAGACAGGACCAUUGAGUCUCUGUAUAAGGAACUGGUGGAAGAAGGGUUGCUGAUCCAGGCUCUGAAAGUUAACCUCUCUGAUUACAUCGGAGAGUACAGUUACCUGGGGACCACGCUUCGCCAGGUAUCCAUAGAACCCAUGCCUUCCCUCCUGGAUGUCAGACAGCUCAUCGCCCUGUACGGGAUCUUGCCACUAGGUUCUGCAACGGUGCAUGAGAAGGCUCCUUUGGUGAAAUCCCUGCUGCUGGCAGGGCCAUCGGGGGUAGGGAAGAAAAUGCUGGUCCACGCCAUCUGCACCGAAACGGGAGCCAACCUCUUCAACUUGUCAGCAGCUAACAUUGCGGGGAAGUACCCUGGCAAAAAUGGCUUGCAAAUGAUGCUGCAUGUGGUCAUCAAGGUGGCCCGGGAGCUCCAGCCCUCCGUGGUGUGGAUCGGAGACACAGAAAAAACCUUCUACAAGAAAGUCCCCAGCACAGAAAGGAUGAUCGAGCCUAAACGCCUCAAAAAACAGCUUCCCAAAAUCCUGAGACUCCUGAAACCGGACGACAGGAUUCUGAUUGUGGGAACAACACAGCGCCCUUUCGAUGCUGAACUUCAAUCUUUUUGCAAAGUUUACCAAAAAAUUAUUUUGGUUCCCAGACCAGACUAUGCUUCCAGAUUCGUUUUGUGGAAACAGAUCAUUCAACGCAAUGGAGGCAUCAUUACCAAUGCCUUGAAUAUAAGUUGCCUGGCAAAGGUCACCGAUGGCUUCACCCAGGGACACAUAGUCGAGAUGGUUCAAGGUGUGCUCACAGACCGCAGAAUACGGCAGCAAACUUACAAACCGCUCACAGCUGCGGAGUUUAUUGCAAUGUUAACCAGCAUGAGUCCGGUGUACCAGGAGGAAGAAGAGAGCUUUAAGAACUGGUACGCCAAAACCCCCAUGGGUAAAAAGCGAGCCUUGGCGCUAACAGGAGGGGACAUUGAAAAAGAAAAGGAUAAAGGGAGAAAGAAGGGAAAAAAGGAGAAGAAAAAGUAAUGCCCCUCUGAGGAACCAUCCUUGAGUGUCUCAGGGCUGGAGGUGGUCCUGACCUGCUGGGGAGAAGACUCACCAUUGCCUGUCUGAAGAAGACCCCGGCCGAUGCCCUGAGCUCAUCCGCCCCUGCAUUCACUCAGAUCUUUAGUAGGCUCUACACCAAGUUCGAGGUCCAUCACAAUUGUUUCUAGAGCGCAUAAUUGUUUCUCAGUCUGUGUAAAGUUUGUGUGUAAUGGAAAUCCACUCCACACACAAUCUUUCCAUCUCCUCAGUACUAGUCACUGAAUUUACAGUGUGAUAGUUAGAAAAUACUCUCAUUUGACAAUUAGUAAGUGAUUUGAGUCUGUCACCAGCACUCUGGCUUUUUAUUAAUCCAUACAUACUGUAUAUUAUCUUGCACAUAUUUUAAUACAAUAAUUCUUUGCUCUAUUAAUCUAGUUUGUAUAAUGGAAUAAAAACUGUUGUCUUUGAAC